AUUAAAAAUCAAGUCUUCCUCUUUCCCCAAAUUUUCCAAUUGCAGUAAUGGAUACUGCUCUGUUUUCUCCUUCUUCCCUGUUCGGUGGCAGUGAUAGCAACUCCUCUGAUGAAGAGAACUCGGAGACCCAACAAAAUUUUGUGGAGAGGAGGCACCAGUUCCCUGAAAUGGAGUUGCUCAUCCAAGAAUUUUCUUUUCACCAGAUGAAUGCUAAUUUACUUUGGCCUGGGACAUUUGCAUUUGCGGAGUGGCUUGCACAACAUACGUCCUGGUUAAGAGGGCGCCGCAUAAUUGAGCUAGGCAGUGGAACUGGAGCUUUGGCCAUCUUCUUGAGCAAAUCAUAUAAACUUGAUAUUACAACAUCGGAUUAUGAUGAUCCAGAUAUUGAAGAGAACAUAGCACAUAAUUGCCAGGCGAAUGGUGUUUCACCUGCCCUUCCUCACAUAAGGCAUUCAUGGGGAGAUGUGUUUCCAGUAGCUGAUCCUGACUGGGACCUCAUCAUUGCAAGUGAUAUCUUACUAUAUGUGAAACAAUAUGAAAACUUGGUAAAGACACUAUGCUUUCUCUUGAAAUCCUACAAGCCCAAAGUUGAUGAAACGGGAUCUGGAACUAGUGAAGAAAAGGAUAUAUGUCCUUUGCCUCAACCAGCUUUCUUAAUGAGCUGGAGGCGGAGGAUAGGGAAAGAAGACGAAUCACUCUUUUUCACAGGAUGUGAAAAGGCCGGUCUUGAAGUAAACCAUUUGGGAUCUCGUGUAUAUUGCAUCAAGCCUAAUGAAACCAGCGCCAUUGAAGCAGUAUAAGAUAUGUUGAGUGAAUUUUAAGAGCUUAUGGAACUGAGGUUUAACUUUUGUGCUGGCCAACCCUCACUGUGAGGGCACAGGAGUCUAGUAUCCUUUGCCAUAUCUUCAUGUGUUAUUCUUCCAUUAGUUGGGGCUCGCACAUGUUAUGCAAGACCCCUCGUUUAUGCUCCUCUGCUAUGAAAAGUUCUUAAUGUUAAUUGAAGUACUCGAAUGACCCAUCACGAAAUGUAAAACACAUAGGCUGGUAAUGGCUCAUUUGAUGUUUUUAGCAUGUUAGUUGUGAGAA